AUGGCCAGCAGAUCACCGGCCGUUAAGCAUCGCAAAAGCCACAAAGGGGAGCACUGGUCAGCUAGUAAGGAGAGCCCGAUAUCAGGAGGCGAUAGCAAGACGGAAAAUUCUGGUAUUACUAAGGAAGAAGUGCCAAAUGGCAAUGCAAAUGCUCUGACUGAAGCCCCAAUUACAACCGCCACCUUUGGAAGUAACAGCAAUGAGAUCAAGGCGGACAACCUACAGGCUCCGAAUGAGACGGAAGCUCUGCAAACGAAUUCUAUUGAUGAGCGAUUUGGGCAAACUGGCUUGAUACGACCGGACCUGUUGAAAGCGUCGGCGAAGUUAACAUUACCGAUAGGACGGCCGUCUGUCUCCCAAUCCACGUCUUCUCUGCUAAGUGCAACCGAAACCGUAGUGCCGCAACCACUUCGAAGUUUCCAGUCCUUCAGCAACUUGCCUACAAACGCAAAGAGUAAUGAGACUUACAUGGAUCAGAUAAAUAUACCGAACCGGCAGGACCAGCCAAACAUGUGGGCUUCAAUCAUGAGUAAGUCAUUGUCGUCAAAACAAAGCAUAUUGUCCUCCCAAUCCGGAGGUGCAAGCGCACCGAUAUCCGCAAAUGAGAGGCAAAUGAUGGAUAGCAUGCUUUUCCCCGGAUAUUGCUUUGCUCCACCACCGGUACCUUCCGAAGGAUUUGGAUAUUCCGUCGAGGGAGAGUCGCAUGAAGGGGCCUGGUGCUUACAGAACCCCCUUACGGAGGCCCUGGAUGUUCUGAGCGCGAUGACAUUGAAAGAGCGAAUAGCUUAUGAACGAUGGGUUUUACAGAGACGCUGGACCGAUGGAGGACUGCGUCUCUUUAGAGGAAAGGAAGAGAUGCGGAUAAUAAAGGAGAAAGCAACCAUAAGGCGAAAGAUUGCAAAGAGAGAUCGUGCAGUGUUAGAAAAGGAGGCCGAGUACAGGAGAUUAGAGGAAGAGAUUGCUGAUCUUCGAACAAUUCACACGAAAUCAAAGUUGGAGAUCCCUCAGCUGGAGAAGGCUAUCACAAGCUUCGCUAAAGAGGCUCACACAUGGCAGGUGGAUAAGCGUCUGCCGUCCACCAAUCUCCAGCUACAUGCAAAAGGGGCUGUCGACCAUCCGCAAGAAGGCACUCGUUCCGAAGGCAAGCAUUCGACCAGUGACGAUUCUGCGUUUGUUUUGCCCUGCGACCCGGUACUCAACCUGUUCCCGCGCUACAAGCAACUGGUAGCAGAUUAUAAGCACCAUCAAAUGGUACUGGCCGAAGCGUCCUCCCGGCUACCUGUGCUGGAAGAUGCUAUGCUUAAGCUACAGCAUGUCUAUCUUACUUUACUGGUCGAACAGGACCGUCUCCGGUCGUUGGACGAGAAGGUACAUGAAUCCGAUGUUAUGGAUGCGGCUGAGAAAGUCGUUCUAAACAAGUGGAUGCAAAUCUUGCGGGACAGGAAGCUCGCACGACAUAAGAUCGCUGAGGAAAAGCGGCAUCUGCAGCACCUUGAGAUUCAAGCCGAACUGCAGACAAACGAAGAGCAGCAGCAGAGGAAAAUAUCUGCCGCUCGACGGCGAUUGCGAAGCAGGUUGCGAGAAACCGUGUCCGACAUUCACCAAAGUAGGCGUAUAAGAGCUGAGGAGCUACAACGACAGAAGGAACAGCGAGAACGCGCUAUGAAGGAGCUAACAAGAGAGAUCAUAGGAAUCAGGCAACAUAUCGUUCGAGCCCCAGUACAGAAGGAAAACAAUGAAGGGGGCAACAUGGAGAGCACCGUAGAAAGCAUACAAAAGAUGAUACAGCAGAAGUAUAUGAGAGCGCAAAAAGAGGAGGAAAGAUUGCAGAAGCAAUAUGAUGAGCGAUAUUCAAAUAUUCUGCAGAGACUGAAGGGAGAAGAAGCCAGGAGACGUAAACUGGAACGGGAUAUGGUGGGAAUGAAGCAGAAGCAGCGGGCAAAGGAAGUAGGAUGGAACGCACCUGAUGUCUGCUGGACCGUACAAAGGAAAGCAAGAGGGCUGAAGCAUUUAGCAAAUGGACCGUUGGAAGUGAUGCAACGUCAACAUAUUUCAAGCGAGCGGUUGUUGCCAACAUCAGUGCACGCAAAGAGACGUUUGCUGGAUUCAGUAAUUCAGUCAGAGUCUCCAGAAAAACUCAAACGUGUCCCACUUCCACCACCUCGUCACGUAAUAAAACAUAGUACGUCAAAUGUCGCCGAUAGAAUAAAGCAUGCUCAGCUUCUUCCUGGAAUACCACCUUUCACCGCAUCGCCUGCAGCCGUCGUGUUUGAAGACUACGAUGCCAUAUCUCCUACUUCCUAUGUCAAACGCGUUACAAUAACCAACACAUCCUGUCGCACCAAUGCCAUUAAGAUGCUUCCCCUAGAUACGAGCUUAAGCGAGUUUUUUGCUGUACAAUGGGGACCCUCUGGACCAGGCGGUCGUAUGAGCGCUGGCAAAACAUGUGAGAUCAUACUUACAUUUACUCCGAAGCAUCGUAUGGACGACGAUUUAGACGGAUUCUUGAAAUUUCUGGUGGAGUAUGGAGGAGAGUUUGUGAUUAAGCUGGGCUGCAGGAAAAAGAGAUUUGUGCCACUCAUAACAAGCGUGAGUGGCGAUGACGCAGGAGUUGCGAAGGCAGUCAACCUUUGUGUUGGCAGAGACAGAUAUAAUUCCCCAGAAGAAGUGUUAGAUGAUUCCGAAGGAAAUGAAACGGGAAAUGAAGGCAAACUUGUCGCGCAGAAGAAAUCCUCCGCGCAUCUAGCGCAAGAAAUAGGGCCUCGACGGGUACUGAUCCACUUUGGAACCUGCUUGGUUGGAGGCACUAUCACCCGUCGCAUCCAAGUGUCAAACAACGGCGCCAUUCCAGGCACGUUUCGGAUUGAUCACAUACAGGACCAGGAUAAUGCCAUCCUAGAGGAAGACGAUACCACCAUACCGCUGUUCCAACUAGUAACUACGGAGGAUGACGAUGACGAUUUUUUCCUCGGUUCAUAUAGUUCGUGCAGCAUCCAGAUUAGGUUCAGUCCACCACAAGGUCUUGCAGCAAGAGUAAAAACGUCGGAAGGUGCCACAUUUGCAAUCUUUUUUGAUGAGGAGCUCGGCGUAGAACCGAUAAGAAUACGAUGCGAUGGAACGAUCGGCUUACCCCCGGUGACCCUUGACAAGGCGAACGUGGAUUUUGGGUUAUGCAUUGUUGAUCAAUCAUAUCGGCGUAGCGUUGUACUUCAAAAUGCCGGACGAUACGCGGUGAAGCUUCUUGUGACAGGUCCCGACGAAUCAGAACGUAUUGAGCAAGAGCAACUUGAAGGACACUCUACCGAGGACAUUAACCGCGGGACGAAGAAGACCGUUUCAGCCGCCUCCGCAAAGGAUGUGGGGCGUCCUGACAGUUUACUAAUGACAAUACCGACUCUCGGGGAAGUUGAGAUCUCUCCAAGGUUGGCAUUUUUACAACCUCUGAGUAUACCGUUCCAUCUCCAGAUAAAAAUCAAACCGUCGCGGAGCGCAUACCGCGAACUUGGAAGCCGACAGAAGGCCGGCUUUGUAAUUCCACUUGGCUUAGCAUACGUCGCCGAAGGCAUCACAUACAAGCUGAGAGUUACUCUGCAGGGUAGGUUAACUACGACAGACGUUGAACUUAAAGUUCCUGGAACACUUCAUGGUGACAGUCUUGAGAGAACGCUCAACGUUGACUUUGGGACAUGCUCGAUUUAUGAACCACCAAAGAUUAUUCAUUUACAAAUCAUCAACCGAUCAUUGCUUUCCCAAACCUUGCGAUUUCUAUCUUCACACCCUAAUGCGCUAACGAUUGACGGGGCCAAUGGUGAAAUCAGCCUACCGGCUGAGUUGACCACUCUCGUGCCAAUAAAGUUUGCUCCACAGCUUACCGAUCUGGAGGAGGGUCGCACGUAUGACAAUAUGAGCAUAACAUGUCAUCAAGUGAGCAUUGAGCAGACCAAGCACACUGUCAUUCAUUGUCGGGGCAGUGCAGUAUGCCCACCUUUACGAUUCAAUCGGGAGCACGGCAUGGUUACCAUUGCGCCAAUUGCCUACGGGAGUGUUGGGGAAGAAAAGCUGAGAAUUAUACGCGAGUGGACGGGUGAAGAAGAAAGACGACGAAAAAAUGCCGAGAUCAAGCGUCGCGUGUGGAGCAAGAGAUUGAAACUCGAGACAUCUUCUCGCGAGCCAGAAGGGCUACGACAUGCGAGCAACGAGGACGAGGAGGAGGAGUGUGCUAUUGAAUUUGAGUUUGGUGUGCCCCAAAUCAUUGACUUGUGUUCCAUCGCCGAGUGGGAAGCGCGAUCUCCAAGUGACCUUAGACUCGUAACUCCCGAGCAACAACGGGAUCCGACCCUCCUACUCGAUCAUUCCACAUUACCAAUCAGUGUCCUCCCGUGCCGAGGAAGCCUGCAGCCGGGUGAAAGUGCAGAAUUCACGGUAAAACUUGCCCCGCAAAUCCCACCACCGGCAAACGUGCAGGAGAGAAAGGCGAUCAGCCCCUCAUGCAUCAAUGGCGGUAGUGCUAUGGAGAACGGAGGAGGCAAAGAACGUGAUGUCAAUGGCAUCUCCAAACCCGAAGAUACCAAUAUCAUCCCGCAGUCGUCUCUUCGUACGAAUGCUCCAGGGAAGGACCGCGACAAAGCUGGCAAAGGAAUACCCAGAGAAAAGCAGCGCGGUAAGGCACCCACAGCGUCUUCUGCAAUCCCUGAUGUACGGUUGCCGGACGUCGGACAGCCUACGAUCGAAGACAGCAAACUGCCAGCUGUGCCGUCUGCCCCAUACAAGUCUGAUCUUGAGCAACGGUUGGACACGGUUAAUGAAUUGAGGAUUUCGUUCGUCAUUCCGUGUCGUAUUCGUAAGAUCAAUCGAGAAAAAAAUCACAAUCAUCAUGAUUCGGGCCAUGGCAAGGUAACUGCACCGCUCGUCGGCGACCAGGAAGGCAUCAGCACGAUUCUUCUUCAUGUCAAUGCGUCGAUCGUCAAGCCAGAUCUAAUCCUGGUUGAGCCUCUGUCAGAGUUGGAUUUCGGCCAAGUACCAGUUGGCCAACGUUUGGUGAAGCCAAUUAUUCUCCGGAACUUGUCAACUCGGCCAAUAAAGAUUAGAGAGUUGAAUCUAGAUGAGAGCAAUCGUCCCACUGGCAGUGCUUGCUUCCGGCUCGCCAGAGAUGCAUUACCUGAAGUAUUACCUGAGACUGAUAUCGCUGUUGAAAUGGUUUUUGAACCGCAUGAGGAAGGCGUGAUAUCUCGCUCGGAAUACACCCUUUUGACGGAAACUUCACAGGUCAAAGUGCAAUUGGCCGGUGAAGGUGUUGUUCCUCGGGUGCAUAUCGAAGAGCCGCACGAGAAGGAAUUGUUUUUCGGUGAUCUUUGCGUAGGAGAUACCAGUACCAAGACGCUUCGGGUGAAGAACACGGGAAGCCACCCUGUUACAUGUCUCUUUGAGCUGUCGAAAUUAGAAUUGCAAAGGCCCGGGGAGGAGCCUACGUACGGCACAGUGAACGCAAACGGAUCAAACGCCUUCACUGCUAUCCCUAGCGAGUCGGUCAUCGGCCCCGGCCUAGAGCAAGAAGUCACCAUUAAAUUUGCUCCCGACCGGGAGUCUGAUCACUUUUUUGAUUACAUUCGCGUGAAGGUUUGGGGCAUUCCAGAGAAUGAGAUGAAACGUAAAGUACACGGCCGAUGCUGGGAUUCAACGACGGCUCUUUUGGGAUAUGAUCCUCCACCGGUCUCUCUGUGCGAGGGGCCAUUCGACAUACCUCCGGAAUUAUUUGUUCAUCGGAAAGACGCUGGAGAGGAGCGUCGAUGGAGUGUGCGAAGCGAUGCAGAUAACUCAGUAGCAGGUAGCGACAAGUCAAGCGAGGAGAGCGAUGAAGAACCCUUGACAAAUAUUCCUCCAACACCAAUGCCAACUCCAUUCGAAGCCAAUGACCAAGGAAACCAGCUCGCCAUGGCUUUGGAGAGCAUGCGGCCGUUUGAGACUGAGGAUCUUCGAUACUGCACACUACAGUGUCAGUGGCAAAAGGUUGAUGACGCUUGGGAAGUAGACAUAAAAGACCUGAUCAUUGCCAACUUGAAGCCUCCUGCCCCACCUCCUCCGGAUCCUGGCAACGCUCCAGUGAGUGGAACUGCCGGAAAGAAGAAAGAUAAACAAAAGCAUACAUCAGCACCAGCAGUGCCCGCUGAUUUUGUGAUUGAUCCGUAUGAGAUGGACUUUGCCUAUUACGAGGAUCUGGGAGUAUUCCUUCCAAUUGAAGACAUCGAAGAGGAUGGAGCCCGGGCGGCCAGUGUUGGUGGCGAAAAGUUUAAAUUUACCAUAGAACCUACUGAGGGAACUGUCGAACUCGGGCACACCAGGACGCUGAAAAUUGGGAUAGAAAGAGUUGGAACCAAGAAAAAGAAGGAUAGACUCGGCAGUGAGGCAAUGGAAAGCAUAUCACAAUUGUCCCUGGCCUCAUCACCGAAAUCUCCAUCAUCGGGCAAACCUCCGCCAACUGGGAAAGGCGGACGGACGAAACCGUCCGACACACCAUCGAGUGAGCAGACCCGAAUCUUACUGCGAGCGGUGGCCCCUGUAUCUGUUGAAAGCUGUUUCCGCAUCACCUUGAAUGGAGGACUGAAAUUUGUUGAUCCUCAUACUGUGGUGCCUGCCACAGAAAACCGUGUUUGGAUUGUCAAGGUGCUUGCAACAGCGCCCAGCCUUGACUUUUGAAAAAUGUAAUUCGUGUAAUUAUAGUGCACAUGUAGCAAAAGACCCAGAAUAGAAAAAAAAAAGUGACA